AAACCAAAGGAGCUGACCACGAUCAUGGCUGUUUUAGGCAAAGCUGAUAGGAUACUUGACUUCCUCUGUGAUUGUGAACGCAGACGCGAUGGGUACCUGGAUAGUUUGCGGCCUAGGCUAACACAAGGCCAGUAGAAGACCGUGUGGACCAGACGACAUCAACAAGCAUGGAGUUCCCGCAGCAGCAGAAACCAGCGGGGGACGGAAAGAUUAUCUACCCGCCCGGAGUAAAGGAGAUCACGGAUAAAAUCAGCAACGAUGAAGUGGUCAAACGACUGAAGGAAAUCUUCCUGUUCAUCACCAGACAGUUAAAGGGACUAGAAGACACAAAGAGCCCCCAGUUCAACCGAUACUUCUACCUGUUGGAGAACCUUGCAUGGGUGAAAUCAUACAAUAUCUGCUUCGAACUGGAGGACUGCAAUGAGAUCUUUAUCCAGCUCUUCAAAACACUCUUCUCUGUUAUCAGCAACAACCAUAAUCAGAAGGUGCAGUUGCACAUGAUAGACCUGAUGAGUUCGAUCAUCAUGGAGGGAGACGGAGUCACACAAGAGCUGCUGGACACAAUCCUCAUUAACCUCAUACCUGCGCUCAAGAGCCUGAACAAGCAGGCCUAUGAUCUUGCCAAGAUUCUGCUGAAGCGGACGGUCCAGACUAUUGAGACCUGCAUUGCAAAUUUCUUUAAUCAGGUUUUAGUGAUGGGGAAGUCGUCAGUCAGUGACCUCUCUGAGCACGUGUUUGACCUCAUCCAGGAACUGUUUGCCAUCGACCCCAUGCUGCUUACCUCAGUCAUGCCUCAGCUGGAGUUUAAACUUAAGAGCAACGACGGUGAGGAGCGUCUGGCUGUUGUUCGGUUGUUAGCAAAGUUAUUUGGGGCCAAAGACUCGGAGCUGGCCUCUCAGAACCGACCACUGUGGCAGUGUUUCUUAGGACGAUUUAACGACAUCCACGUCCCAGUUAGGCUAGAGUGUGUAAAGUUUGCAAGCCACUGCCUCAUGAACCACCCUGACCUGGCACGAGACCUGACAGAGUAUUUAAAAGUGCGGUCCCACGACCCAGAGGAAGCCAUUCGCCAUGAUGUGAUUGUCACCAUCAUCAAUGCUGGAAAGAAGGACCUGAAUUUGGUCAAUGACCAGCUGUUGGGUUUUGUACGAGAGCGGACGCUUGACAAGAGGUGGCGUGUGCGUAAGGAGGCCAUGAUAGGCCUGGCUCAGCUUUACAAGAAGUACUGUCUGCACCACGAGGCUGGAAAGGAGUCUGCCCAGAAGAUCAGCUGGAUCAAAGACAAACUGCUGCACAUCUACUAUCAGAACAGCAUCGACGACAAGUUAUUAGUAGAGAAGAUUUUUGCCCAGUACAUGGUCCCUCACAGUCUUGAAACAGAGGAGAAGAUGAAAUGUCUGUACUACCUGUACGCCUGCCUCGACACCAACGCUGUCAAGGCCCUGAAUGAGAUGUGGAAGUGUCAGAACAUGCUCCGAGGUCUCGUCAAAGAGCUGCUCGAUCUUCACAAGCUGCCGGUGUCUGAAUCCAACAGCACGGCAAUGCUUGGGAAGCUCAUGAGCAUCGCCAAGAACCUGCCAGAUGCUGGGAAGGCCCAGGACUUCAUGAAGAAAUUUAAUCAGGUUCUGAGUGAGGAUGAGAAGCUCAGAGUCCAGCUGGAGGUGCUCAUCAGUCCCACCUGCUCCUGCAAACAGGCCGAGAUCUGUGUGAGGGAGAUCACUCGGAAGUUGACGUUCCCAAAGCAGCCCACUAACCCGUUCCUGGAGAUGGUCAAGUUCCUGCUGGAGCGGAUCGCUCCGGUUCACAUAGACUCUGAGGCCAUCAGUGCAUUGGUAAAGCUGCUAAAUAAAUCCAUUGAGGGAACAGCUGAUGAUGAUGAGGAAGGUGUCACGCCUGACACAGCAAUUCGCUCCGGCCUGGAGCUGCUCAAGGUCCUGUCAUUCACACAUCCCACAGCAUUUCACUCAGCCGAGACCUACGAGUCUCUGCUCCAGUGUCUGAAGAUGGAGGAUGACAAGGUGGCCGAGGCUGCCAUCCAGAUUUUCAGAAACACUGGGCAGAAGAUAGAGACCGAGUUACCACAGAUACGAUCGACACUGAUUCCCAUCCUGCAUCAGAAAGCCAAGCGGGGAACACCUCACCAGGCCAAGCAGGCCGUCCACUGCAUACAUGCCAUUUUCAACAACAAGGAGGUGCAGCUGGCACAGAUUUUUGAGCCUCUGUCGCGCAGCCUGAACUCAGACUUUCCAGAGUUGCUCAUCACCCCGCUCGUCUCCCUGGGCCAUAUAGCCAUGCUGGCUCCAGAUCAGUUCGCCUCACCAAUGAAGUCCAUCGUGGCUAACUUCAUCGUGAAAGACCUGCUCAUGAACGACAGGACAGUGGGGAACAAAAAUGGGAAGCUGUGGACCACUGAUGAGGAAGUAGCUCCUGAGGUUUUAGCAAAGGUUCAGGCCAUCAAGCUUUUAGUGCGCUGGUUACUAGGAAUGAAGAACAAUCUGUCCAAAUCUGCGAACUCCACCCUACGUCUGCUGUCCGCCAUGCUAGUGAGCGAGGGAGACCUCACCGAGCAGAAGAAGAUCAAUAAAUCAGACAUGUCUCGUCUGAGGCUGGCAGCCGGAGCAGCCAUCAUGAAGCUGGCACAAGAACCGUGCUACCAUGAAAUCAUCACACCUGAACAGUUUCAGCUCUGCGGCCUUGUCAUCAAUGAUGAGUGCUACCAGGUCCGCCAGAUCUUUGCACAGAAGUUGCACUUGGCUCUCGUCAAACUGCUGCUGCCCCUGGAGUACUUGGCGGUCUUCGCUCUGUGCGCCAAGGACCCGGUGAAGGAGCGGCGCGCCCACGCCCGACAGUGCCUCCUCAAAAACAUCUCCGUCCGCAGAGAGUACAUCAAACAGAACCCCCUCGCUCAGGAAAAACUCAUGUCUCUUCUUCCUGAGUACGUGGUUCCCUACAUGAUCCACCUGCUGGCCCACGACCCAGACUUCACCAAACCCCACGAGUACGAGCAGCUCAAAGACAUCAAAGAGUGCCUGUGGUUUAUGUUGGAAGUCCUGAUGACCAAGAAUGAGAACAACAGUCACGCUUUUCUCCGAAAAAUGGCAGAGAACAUCAAACAGACAAAGGAUGCUCAGUGUCCUGAGGAUGCAAAGGCCAAUGAGAAACUGUACAUCGUUUGUGACGUCGCUCUCUUUGUCAUCGCCAACAAGAGCACCGCGUGUCACCUGGAAUGUCCGAACGAGCCGGUUCUGCCCUCAAUUUUCUUCAUCGUGCAAGACAAGGACUUUAAAAAUGAUAAGGAGUACCUGACAGCAGAGAUGAGACAAAUGCUUCUCACCGGGAAGCCUAAACCAGCUCCGGUGUUGGCAGCUGUCAACAAAACUCUGACGGUACCGGGCAGGAGGAUCUUCAAAACCACCACAGCUUCAGACACAACCAGUAAUACCAGCACGAACUCGUCUCCGCUCAGCUCAAACGUCAACAAGAACAGCACUGCCACGGAGUCAUCAGAAAGUCCAGCGCAGGAAAACAACGAGAACCCAGUCAUCAAAAACGAAGAGAAGAAGGAUGUGUCCAGUCAGAAGGCAACUCCCGAUGCUGGGACAGAAGCGUCACCUGUCAAACGACGGGGCCGCCCUCCUAAAGCUGCUGCUGCUUCGACGGCGACGGAAAAAGCGAGUGGGUCCGGCAGGGGCAGGAAGAGAGCAACUGACGCAUCUGCAGACGCAGUCAACGCCAAGACGUCAAAACAGCAGCAGAACGAUGAAGGGACGAAGAGACAGAUUGAUUUGAGACAGAUUGAUCUGAGACCAAUUGAUCUGCAGAGGUAAAGAAAAGACUGGCGAAGAUGAAAUCCAGACUGCAGAGAACGGACCAGAAUCUUCCUCACACCUUCCCAGCUCUCUACGUUCAAGCUCCUGUGACUCUUCAAGCUUUCUUGGAAAUAUUAUGGACCUUUCUUAAAACAAAUAUACAAACACGUACACACGCGCACACACACUGACAUCCUAGAAGGGUUAAAACAUCUUGUAGUCAUCGAUUGAAGCUCUCUGUAUGUAGGUCUUACUCAGAAACAUAUUUUUCCUUUGUGUUUGUUGCUCUUUGCUUCUUUUGUGGAGCCAUUUUUAAGAAAAAAAAAACUACAGGAUGGACAUUUUACAAACGUUUUAAUCUGGUAAUGAUUGUUGCUUAUUAAAUUCCCUGGGAAAAAUC